CAGAAGGUUGCUCGUCAACCGCCAUUAAAGCAAAGAAGAAGAAGAAAAAGGACAUACGUCGACCGGCGGGUGACGUCAUGCUGCUCGGUGGGGUUGUCACUUACACACACACGGAGGUGUUAUUAUGCGUGAAAGUUCCUGCGUGGGAUUAUGUCUGCCGGAAGACCAGAUCUACAUGAACAACCUCGUCCAGAUUUCCCCGCGGCGUCUUUACAGAACCACAGAAGGAUGACAGGACCAGACCCUCAGAGUGACUCCAGCAUGAGGCGACCACACGAGGACACCGCCAUGACCAGGGAGACCGGCGCCAUGACCAGGGAGACCGGCGCCAUGACCAGGGAGACCGGCACCAUGGCCAGGGAGACUCCCCUGGAUGACUGUGAGCGAAUGGGCACUCUGUUUGGGAUGUUCAACAAGUGUCUGCGGGGGAUGGGCUUCAGUCAGAUGUACUUUGGGGACAAGAUCGUGGAGCCAGUGGUCAUCGUCUUCUUCUGGCUCCUGCUGUGGUUCCUGGGCAUCCAGGCCCUGGGACUGGUGGGGACUCUAUGCAUCAUUGUCAUUUACAUCCAGGACUAACGAGAGCCGCAUGGAUCCUUGGUCCAGGAACAUUCAGGACAAUGCAAGACCAAAGCCUGUGAUGUUUGAGAAUCAUGUUCCAUCAGAAAGGAGAGAAUUAGUGAAAUGUUUGUUUGAAUUGGAACAUUUUAUGUUUCAAACUACUUUAGCAGAAGUGUCAACAGUGAAUGUCAUCAAAUAUUUUCAAAAUACUGUCAUUUUUUUAAAAUAAAGUAGCAUGAUGUUGGAUAUCACUGUCCAUGGAAGAGUAUAAAUGUGUGUGAGUACUGGAGAGGAAGUGUACUUGGUUCCUGAGGGCAGUGUCCCACAUCCACUUCCUGGAAAAAAAAAAUAUAUAUAUAUAUAUAUAUAUAUGAAAUUGUAACAAUAAAACUUGAACAACU